AUGCGGAAGCUGAGCGUGCCGCGGGGCGGCGGGGAGAAGGUGGGGGUGCUGGCGCUCGAGGUGGCGGCGCUGAUGUCGCGCGCCGCGGGCCUGUGGCGCGCGCUGGACGCCGACAGCCUCGCGCGGCUCCGCGGGGAAGGCAUCCGCCUCGAGGGCGUGCGGCGGCUCGUGGCCGACGACGACUCCGCACUCCUGGCGCUCGCGCUCGCCGAGAUGGCCGCGGCGUGCCGCGACCUCUCCCGCGACGUGUCCCGCCUGUCCGCGCGCUGCGCCGACCCGCUGCUCCGCCGCUUCGACGCCCUCUUCGCCGCGCUCGUCAAGCGCGGCGCCGGUGGCGGCGGCGACCCGCACGGGAUGCGGUACGCCGCGGCCAAGAAGAUGGACCGCAAGGCGCGCAAGAUGCAGCGUCUGGUGGCUGCCACCGCGCACCUGUGCCACGAGCUCGACGUGCUCGCCGAGCUGGAGCAGCAGCAGACCUACCGCCCGCGCGCCCGUGGCGGCGCCAAGGGCGCCGCGGCGGUGGCGGCGGGGAGCAGCAGCCGGGCCGAGUGCGCGCGCCGCGUGGCCAGGCAGAGGCAGGAGGUGGAGCGCCUCCGGGCGGCGUCGCUGUGGGCGCGGACCUUCGACUACGCCGUUCGCCUGCUCGCCAGGUCGCUCUUCACCAUCGUGGCCAGGAUCAUCGAGGUGUUCGACCUGGAGCCCGUGGCCCUGCUACUCUCCACCUCUGCCUCCGUGGGCGACGACGACGAGGCGUCGUCCAGGGCCUCGCGGCUCUCGUGGAGCACCUCGUUCGUGAGCGGCAGCAUGCAGCUGCAGUCCAUGGUGUACCCUUCCGACGCCGUCAUCGCCGCAGCCGCUGACGCGCCUCGGAAGACGAUGCUGCUGCGUACAAGGUCCGGCAAGGGUACCGCCACCGGCGCCGGCGACGCGCGUCGGUUCUUCAUGUCCAGGAGCAAGAGCCUCAGGUGGCCGGGGGCGGCCGGCAAGCACCUCAUCGGCUGCGUCGUCAUGGAUCCCAGCAGGUCUCCAGGCAGGGACGGAUGGAACCACGCGGACGACGCAGCUCAUCUCCCGCUGAGCUUCAGCUACGUAUCAUCAGCCGGCAGCGCCGCCGACGACUUCAGCGGCAGCGGCAUCAUCAGCUUCCACUGCCAAGCGGCGUCCGGCGGCGACGCGAGGAGGAGGCACUCGACGACGACGACGACGGCCGUGUUCGCCUCCUCCUCGCGCGACGUGGUGACGCACCCGCCGGAGUCGUCCCUGGGCGCCGCGGCCCUGGCGCUGCACUACGCCAACCUCAUCAUGUUCAUCGAGAAGCUCGCCGCGUCGCCGCUCCACAUCUGCCCCGACGAGAGGGACGCGCUGUACGGCAUGCUUACCGACCGGAUCCGGGCGUCCCUCAGGGCGCGGCUCAGGCGGCCGGCGGCGCUCGCCGCCACGACGCCGCCCUGCGACGACUCCGUGCUCGCCGCCCAGUGGUCGGACACGGUGCGGAGGAUCCUGGCGUGGCUCGCGCCGCUCGCGCACAACAUGGUCCGGUGGCAGGCCGAGCGGAACUUCGAGCAGCGGAACGUGGCCUCCGGCGACGACGCCACCGUGCUGCUGCUGCAGACGCUCCACUUCGCGGACCAGAGGAAGACGGAGGCCGCCGUGACGGAGCUGCUCGUCGGUCUCAACUACAUGUGGAGACAUGGACUGACCUCGAAGCCAAGGUCAGAUUGGAGUCUGCGGCGGGUCGGCGGCGACAACGAUGAUGAUUGGGCAGGGUGUGUUGGUGACAUGCAUGUGUCAGUAUCACAUCUGAAUUCUGAACCACAUGGGACAUGGGACUGA